UGUUUUAGGUCGAUUAUGUAACAGAAUUAAAACUACAACUCCCAGAAAGCAGAUGGCUACUGACGGCGUGCGUGCGAUGAAAGGAGGGGAAAAGCCCUUGCGCGCUGUUUGAUAGGAGUCUGCCGCUGCACGAGGGCGGAACUGUGAUCUGGAUCAAGAGGAGUUAAACAAAGAUGAGCAGUAAUGCAGCCAGCCCCAUGUCAAGCUUUGCUUCUUCAAGUGCUGGAAGAGGAUGUGGAAAACCGACAAGUUUUGUUCCUGAAUUACAAAGCAUGAUGUUUGCUCUGGGUGAUGCCCGACGGCCUCUCCAUGAGACGGCCGCUUUAGUGGAAGACAUUGUUCACACCCAACUCAUUAAUUUGUUGCAACAAGCUGCUGAAGUGUCACAGCUAAGAGGGGCUAGAGUCAUAUCUACUGAAGACAUUUUAUUUCUUAUGCGAAAAGACAAGAAAAAAAUCAGAAGACUUUUGAAAUACAUGUUUUUCAGAGAUUGCAAAUCCAAAAUCCUUAAAAGUAUUGACGACGAAGAAGCCCUUGAAACAGACAAAUUCAGCAGCAGCAAUGCAAACAAACGGCAGAAGUUGGCUCACGAUUUCCUCAGCUCCAUUGAUCAAACCGGAGAGUUCUUGGCCCUGUUUGAUGAUGAUGACAUUGAUGAAGUCAAGCAGGAGAGACUGGAGAGAGCUGAACGACAGACUAGAAUGAUGGAUUGUGCACACUAUACUGAAUUUUGUGAAAGUCGACAGCUCAGCUUUUUCAAGAAAGCAUCCAAAUUUAGGGAAUGGUUGGACUGCAGCAGUUUGGAAGUGAAGCCAAAUGCUGUUGCCAUGGAAAUCCUGUCCUACUUGGCAUACGAGACGGUGGCUCAGUUGGUUGACCUGGCUCUUUUGGUGAAACAAGAUAUGACAGCUAAAGCCGGAGACCCAUUCAGCCACGCAAUAUCAGCAACUUUCAUACAGUACCAUAAUACUACAGCUGAGGCACAUCUUCAUGGGUUGUCUGUAGCAGUAAAGAGCAACAUAGAUUCACCUGAAAACACCCCUCCAUCUACACCCACCACCCCAGCCUCUGGCCCGCAGAGCCAAGGGAAGACUCACUCAGGCACCCUGGGGAAUGGUGGAUUGGGACACAAUUCCAGCAGCAAGGCCAAACAAAGGAAAAGAAAGAAGAACGCUGCAGCCUGUGGUCUGGAGGCUCAAAGCGAUGCCAUCCAGCCCGCCCACAUCAGAGAGGCGAUCCGACGCUACAGCCACAAGGUUGGCCCACUCUCCCCAUUCACAAGUGCCUACCACAGAAAUGAGAUGACAUUUCUAGCCUGUUGAUUGGAGAUGGCUGAAGAAACCGGAAAGGUGGUACUGUUUGAAGACUACAAAGAAAGUCUGCUGGUAAUUCCUUCAUGGUUUUAUUCAUCAUCGAAACCCUUCACACGAGACAUUCCCUGUGUUCCUGAAAAUACUUUGGUCUUCAGGGACUUGGAAACUGCACCCAUAUUCAAAUUAUUUGAGUUCAACAAAAGGAAUUUAAUAUCAAAGUAUUACCGUAAUUUAUUUAGCAGUGUUAGUUAUACAAACACAACUGGACACCUUACAACACGUUAAUGUUUAGAAAGCUAAUGGUUUGUUAAUUUGUAACGUUUUAGACUAAAGUAAAAUGUAAAAAAACAAUUGCCAUUACUAAUCAAACUACAGUGCUCCCCCUUUAUAAGGCGUCCCAUUAUACUGCAGAACAGGUUAUAAGAUGCUACGGUCAUGGCUCCCAUUUGUCCCAUAAUGCCAUUACACUAACGUUAUUAUGCUCGUUCUAAGGCAGAAAACAAAUAGCACAGUCUCUUAUCUAUGACUCCUGACUACAGCAUUAUAAAGGGGGAGCACUGUACAUGUUUAUCCUCAUACAGAAUCUGUUUCAUUAGACCCUCAUGUUGUAUAUCAAGUUGGUUGUUCGGAAUUGGUUGUUCGGAAUCCUAAAGUGUUUUUGUUUUUUUGCAUUUCAGUCAAAUAUGCAGUAGGUAGCUCAAUCACAAAUGUGCAUGUGGGUACAUUUAGAUUUUGAUUAAUCAUUUUUGAUGAUGGGUUAUUCUAACCAAAAUAGAAAUGGUUCAAAAUGUGCCUGUUUAUUGAAUUUAUAGCUAAAGUUAAUUAAAUGUGGGCCUCUAAGUGAAAUUAAGAGUGCUAUCAAAAUUUGAAUGUUCUGUGAAAAUGUCCUUUUUUGUCAUCAUGGACCCCUUUUCACAAAGUAAUUUAAAUAAUGUUUUUAUAGCGUUUGAAAGUCAUGUUCUUGAAUGCUGUUAAGGAGGCUUGCAACCAGAGGUUUUUACAGGUCCAAAAUAACAAUGGAACCAGCAUAGUUUUUACCCGACCCCUACCGAAGUAUAACUUUUAAUAAUAACCCCGGAUCUGACCCGAACCCGAAGAAUAAUGAUUCACAUGCAUUUGGGCUUUCCCCAUAAUGAGUGCAGUCCCAAAAAUGUAAACUAUACAUGGCCAUAGAAAUACUAUGUAGGGGACGUAGACAGAGAUGCACACACAUCGGGAUUAGGUAUCUACUCUUGAGGAGCUUUGCCUCACACACAAACACUGCACAAUAUCACAAAUUAAAGGCAUAAUUAAAUCAAACAAACUAACAAACAAAAACCCAAACACAACAUAUACUUACAUAUAAUGUACUUACACAUAAACAUUCAAAAAUAAUAGUUUAGACGUGCUAUUUCUAGAGAAGUGUGCUGAUUCUCAAGUGUACUACGACCGGCAAUAAUAAAAGCAGCCUCGCUAGCAACACCUGAUGCUAGAACACACAUGCGCAUGUCUUCCACUGGUACUGUGAGAAGUUUAAUAGAAAUGCAUUGCCUUUUUUCAUUAUGGAGAUGGGAUACACAUGUAAGACAUUAAUUUAAUUAUGCAUGACAAUUUUCUACGUGAAACCUUUUUGGUUUUGGGUCUGACUGUGAAGACCUCUACUCGCAACAGUAUAUUCUUUUUGCACUCACAUCAAAAUGGACCCAUGCUAUAGAUAUUCCAAAGAGUUUCCCUGGGUACAACACACCUUUUCCAAGCUCUACAAUAUUAACGCACUCAUCCAACUUCUUAUUUGGAACAGUAGUUCUUUUCAUAGAAUACUAUAAAUGUAGGAUUCUUUAGGAAAAAAAAAAAGUGUGACCAUCUGCUGCUGAAUAGGACAUAAACGAAGGCAUUUCUGCACAUUUGUGUGAACAAAAGCAAUCCAUUCAGCAGAAACCAAGGUCUCGUUUACAAAUCAUGUCACAUUUAAUGAUAAUCUUCCACACUGUCUAGUACAGUAAUCCAUUGAGUUGGUAAUGCACCCUAAUUCCUUUAACCUUUUUACCUCACAAAGUUAUGUUAUUGGCAUGUGUUCUCUUUGGAUCCAUUGUGAAGUUUUCAUUACUACUUUCUGGUAAUCCUUUGAUAUUUCUGGAUACUGUUUAGAAUUCUCACUGAAUAUGAGUUGUUUGUCUUCUCUAAUCAAUGCUAUUUUGUGUUAUCAAUUAAGUUGCAUAAACAAUAUAAUAUUUACAUAAUAAUGGAUAUGCCUGAAUGUAGUGCUUACUAGAUGCAGUGUUAAAACUCAGACUCAGUCAACACCAAUCAUCCAGGUGUGGUGCUGCUUCACAGGAUCUGGAUGUGCAGAUCCGUAUUGCUGCUGCCUCUGCUUACAGAAUCUGAUGUUAUACACUUUGUUCCUACAAGUCUAAUCAGACUAUGGAGGGGGACUUUGUCUGAUGAGCAUCUCAUCUGAUUGUACCUGUAUAGAAACCUUCAUUUACUUGUCUAUCAAAGCACACUCCUGGCCUAUACUGAGAGUUUCUGAACCACGUUUUGCAAACUGCAAUGUUGCAUACUGUAGUUGUUGUAUGUCAGGUUAAAAGUUGCGUUUUACACUUUUUUGGUGUGUGAAGCUGUGUUUUUCAGUUUGCAAAUUUGGUUUUACUGUACAACGCUGUUUCGCCAUCAUCUAGGAGUGAAUAAAACAUUCAAGAAGAUUAAUGAAAUAGGGAAUAUAGUUUUCCAGAUUUUGCAUUGCCUCAUCCUGCAACCACACUUAAAUAACUGCCUCUUAGUGAUGUUUUGCACAGAACUCAACAUAAAGGCAUGACGUAAUUCCGGAAUGUGAUCUAGAAUCUUUAUCCUAUCCACGCAGUAUAUUUGAGAGGUGUAUGGGAAAAACUUGAUAACCCAUAAUUUCAUUUUCUUUUGAUAACCUAUCCUUGUGUACUAUUUCCACUGAAAUAAAAACUGAAAUUUGAAAAACUGAAA